GAUUGAAAGGGCUAGCUUCUCCAAAUAAAAAGAUCGGCUUUAAGUGAAGUUGUUAUCUCUUCAGAGAAAUCUUCUGUUGUAAACAAUGAAACAAGGAAAGAAGAAUUGUGACAAGAAGAAAUCAUUCGGACGAGCUGAUUUCCCACAAGGUUUCCUGUUCGGAACUGCUUCCUCUGCUUAUCAGUACGAAGGAGCUAUGAAAGAAGGUUCCCGAGGAGAAAGUAUGUGGGAUAAUUUUGCUCGCAAGUAUCCAGAAAGAAACUGCCGCUCUACUGCGGACGAGACGGUCGAUUUCUAUCAUCGUUACAAGGAGGAUAUUCAAAGAAUGAAGGAUAUAAACAUGGAUGCUUUUAGAUUCUCCAUCUCCUGGGUCCGGAUAUUACCUUAUGGAAAACUAAGCAAUGGAGUGAACAAGGAAGGGAUCAGAUUCUACAAUGAACUCAUUGACGAACUACUAGCCAACGGAAUCACGCCUCUUGCGACUUUGUUUCAUUGGGAUACUCCUCAAGCUCUAGAAGAAGAAUAUGGCGGUUUUUUAAGCGAAAAAAUAGUACUGGAUUUCAAAGAUUUUGCUAGCAUAUGCUUUAAGGAAUUUGGGGACCGAGUGAAGCUCUGGUUGACGAUAAACGAGCCAUGGGUUUACAGUGUAGGUGGCUAUGAUGCAGGAAGAAAAGCACCAGGACGUGCUUCAAAGUACAUGAACGAUUCAGCCGAGGCCGGACAAUCCGGUCAUGAGGCUUAUAUUGUUAGUCACAAUCUACUUCUUGCUCAUGCCGAAGCUGUUGAAGCCUUCAGGAAUUGCCAUAAUUGUAAAGAUGGUAAGAUCGGUAUGGCGCAUUGUCCUUUGUGGUACGAGCCAUAUGAUCUAACUUGUGUCGAAGAUAUUGAAGCAGCCGAGCGAGCUAUGGAGUUUAUGCACAUGAAUCCUACGGUUUACGGAGAUUACCCUGAAGUGAUGAAGAAAAUAGUAGGAAAGAGAUUACCGUCUUUUACCGAAAGCCAGUCAAGAAAGUUAAAAGGAUCUUUUGACUUUAUUGGAAUAAAUUACUACAGCUCUGUUUACGCUAAAGACGUUGCCGAGGUUGAUUCUGAAAAGCCCUUUUGGAGAUCAGACCAGCAUGUGGAAUGGAAAAAACAAAAUAAGGCGGGCAAGUCUAUUGGGCAUUGUGAUGCAUACGAAAAAAAGAAGCCAAAAAUCUAUGAGUUGAUGGAUUUGAAGAGGACUGAGUAUCACAAGAAACAUAUUAGCAACCUUCACCAAGCCAUAUACGAGGAUGGGGUCCAAGUAGAUGGUUAUUUUGCAUGGUCAUUGCUGGAUAAUUGCGAAUGGAAUUGCGGAUAUGAGAUACGGUAUGGAAUGUUCUACGUAGACUACGAAAAUGGGCUUAAGCGUUAUCCAAAAAUGUCGGCGAUGUGGUUUAAGGAGUUCUUAAAGGAAAAAGAUGAAGAAGACAUGGUGAAUAAAUCGAAAGUGAAAAGGAUUAAGAUCUCGGAAUUUUGAAGCAAAACAAAUUUUAUGCAAUAAGGUUGAUAUGGCCGUGUUCUUACUACGCUUAUGUUGAUUUUUUUUUUUUUUGGGUUCAACUCGCUUAUGUUGAUUUUUCUCGUAGUUUUGUACCUCAGGAAAAGAGUUUUUCUCCUGUCUAAAAAUUCGGAAAAAAUAAAACUUAGAAAUUCCCGAAUUUGUUGUAUCGAUCGAUCAUUUUGAUCUCUCGGUCCAGAACAUAAUGUUUUUUUUAUCGAAACCAG